AUGGAGAGCUCUGAAAUCCCCCGUCCGCUGCUGCAGCGCCCAGAGAGUUCUGGUAUUGAUGUUAUAGAUUUCUCCUUCGGCAAGCCCGCCUCACACAAGCCCUCGUAUUCGCGAAACCUGACCAAGCAAACUACCAUGCCACAUCCUGCAAUUGAUAAUGCCCGAUCUUCAAGGGAAUCGAUGGUAGAGGAGGCAGGUCGCAAGCAUCAACUGACCAGACCAGACACUCCUCUCAAUGCUCGCAGCGUUGGAAAAGAAGGAAUCUUCAGGGCAGCAAUACCCGCGAGACAACCUGUGUUUUCUCAGCCACCAAGCCGGCUAUCGACAGUAGCUGAAUCCAACAAAGACAACGGUAGUCGGUCUACACCUGGAGAUCUAGGAAAACAGAGUUUUGGACAAGAACAGGCGGUGACUAAUACCCCCAGGGAGACUAUUAGCCCUGUAGAAAGGGUCGUUGACCCGAGUCAAGAGCGUGUUGUUGACAUCGAGAAAACGGGUGAAGGGAACUCUGCCUUACCAGAGGCGCCCCCAGUGCAACAUCCUCACAAAGAGAGGCAAGAGAUUCCGGAGAACCCGUGCUCUCGUGUGCCUCUCAAGGCUAUACACAAUCAGCUUCAGACGUCGAAGCGGCGCCAUACCCUUGAAAAGGAAGCAUCUUCGAAGCAACAGGCACCACUAUUUGGUGGCAAGAAUGGCGUUCAGCUCAGUGAGGAUGAUCUGUUCGAGCUUAUCAUCACGAGAAUGAGACAGCGAGAGGAAAGCGAGCAAGCGGCUGCAGUUAUCCAACGGCAAGUAACGGAUGAGAACAAGGCCUUGAAGGAAGAAAACUUUAAUCUGCAGGACCGGCUCAAGAAAUGCCAAGGACAGCUCGCCAAAACCUCGUCCGAGUCAAGAUCUCAGCGCGCACAAAUAGACAAAUGGAAGGCGAAACUUGGCACAUUCAAAGGCGUCCUCAAUGAACUUGGCCGUGAAUAUGGCGCGGUCCGGGGGCAAGCCAAAGAAUUAAAAGAAGCCACUAUGUCUCUUGAUAGAGAGAAAAGCGAAAUUCAACACAUUUUGGACGAGAUCAGAUUGAAAGUUUCGGAUAGUGCAGAAACCAUGCAAGACCAACGCGAGAGACUCUCAAUUUCCGAGGGAACGGUGGCCAGUUUGAGAGAGGCCUUGGAUCAUUCAGAGAAAAGAGGCGAUUUGAUCAAGGCCCAGCUAUCCAACGAGCAAAAGCGAAUUGCGACUCUAGAAACCUACAUCCAAAAUGAGUCUCAGAGCCAGUCGCGAUACUUGGCACUUGUCAGAAACGAUCAGCGCAAGAUGCUCGAAAAGCUUGACUCUGCCUACGAGCUGUUCACAACAUCUUGCUUCAAAUCACAGGAUAAUAUCCUGUCAAAACUGAGUCCGGGGCUUGAAAAUUGUCUCGCUUCGAUUCAGGGGUUGAAAGAACAGUGCUCUGCCGAGACUAUGAAUGUCCAAGACUUCACCAAUAGCGUUCAUGAGGCAACAUCUCGUUUCAAUUCCUUAGCUGCACAGGUCGCAAAUGAUGUCGACCGAAGCACGGAAAUGAGCAAAAAUGUGUUCCAAGCCCUUCAAGAAGCUCUUCAUGCGAUUGAAGGCAACCUCGGUCCGUAUUCAUCAAUUUUCAAACAGCUUGCUAAUAGCGAGAGUUGCUACGGAAAUUUGCAACAACAGCUUCAGAGUGUUGAGCCAAUGCUCGGUAGUCUCGAUUCUUCUAUCAAGGCGGUGGGAAUAACAGAAACAGACCUUGUGCGUGGGUUAGAAACCUUCGGCCAGAAGCUUUCCGAAGCUCGAAUUCCAGCAGGAAACCCUGUUUUGGAGAUGGAGAUUUCCAACAAGUUCGCCGAAAAUACGCAAUUGCAACUUAAACUGCAGGAGAUCUCGAUCGAGGCUGAGUCUCUUCGAAAGCAACUUGCCAAUAAAUCAUCUGAGAAUCAACAUCUUCAGCAUGCUUUGACCGAGACUGUUACUAAUGAACAAGCAUCCAGGAGUCAAAAUGCCCGGCUGGAGAUUGAGAAGACGGCCUUGCGGGGUGAGCUUGAAUUGCUCGAGCAAAGAAUCCGAGAAGAGUUGGGCGCUGCAAACACCAAAUUGCAGGGUCAGAUGAAAGGUAAAUUUGAAGAACAAAUCCAAGAUCUUGAGACAGAAAAGGCGAGGCUAGAAAGAGAGUUCAACAACCUCCAGGUGCAGCUUGCAACUGUCCAAAGCUCUUUGGCCGAAACUGAAAAGACAGCCGAGGAUGAGCGACUGGAAAAGGCCUCCUUGCACCACGAAUCGCAGAAUCGAAUCGAGGAGCUGAAGAUUUCUUGCUCAAAGUACAUCACAGAGGUCAAAGCCAAUGAAGUUGAAACGAACUUAUUGAAGAGUUCCGAAGCGAGUCUGUUAGCGGAAAAAGAGAAGCUUCUCGAACAGCUUGAGCGAGCUAGAGGAAAGACCACUGAGCUUGCAGCGAGCCUGGGGCAGGAGACCGAGUCUGUAAUGCUGAAAGACAGAGCAAUGCAGGAAGCUGAAAAGAGGGCGGAGGUGCUUGAGCUGGAGAUGGCCCAGAAGAAUGAAGAGCUUGCAGCGACCAAAGAAAGCAUCGCCAUGCUCAAAUCACGGUCGUCGGCUUUGGAGAAAGUUGGGGAGGAAGCCGAUGCUGAAAUAAUUUCACUCCUCCGCCGUGCCCAGGAGGCUGAAACUUGGCAAGCAACCAUAAGAGAAGGGUUUGCGAAGGUGAUCGAGGUACAUCCUGAUGAGCCUUUUGAGCAGACAUGGCAGAAACUGGAAGACAUCAUUCAGUCCUCGCUUGCUCAGCCGUCCAUCACGGGCAAUGCAUCUUGCACCAAGCCUUACGGCACAGGUGACAUAGAGGUGACUGAAGGCAGCAAUAUUGCACUGGAGCCAACAGAGGGGAACCGUGACAAGCUCUUGGAGACCAAUGGAUCAAACAAGGAGGCUCUCAAGACUGCUGGAAACAUGCAGACAGAUGGACCUCUACCACCAAGGACAUCUAGCCCUCCGAAGGCUUUGAAAUAUGGCGAUUGUGUUGACUCUCUACCAAAAUUCCCUGCUAGUCACAGCCAUAUCGUUCCGUUUUCGAGCCUUCAUGACAGACUUUCACGAGAAAAUAGCCUGUCACUUUUCAAUGAUCCAGCUGAGCUCGAAAUGCUCUUCAUGUCAACUCCAGAUCUCCAGGGAGCGUUGCCCGACGAUGCCACCAAGAAAGCGCAAGAACACCAAAGACUUCCAGCUGAGCCCAUGGAAAUAGGCCGAGACCCCAAUAAACCUAACCCUGUUCUCGGGAUACAACCUCCUAGCGCCGAUGGCAGCAAAAGCGGAAGAUCCCAGUCAGCUCUUGAAAGGGUUGACAGUUCGCUCGUUGAUAAAUCUGCCAAGAACGAACAGUCCAACACCAAGCGUAAAGUAGUCAGCUUCGAGGGGACGCGUGUUAUCACCCAAACAGAAAUCGGCAAAGCUAGACGAAUGUCAGACGCAACCGACAACAGCUCUGGAAGAGAUUCCGAUAGUAAGGAAUUAAAGAGAACGCAGCAACGGACUUACAGCCGUCUUCGCCAAUCUGUGGCACAGUCGGAAACUUCAAUUGAAACGACCACGGAUAUGCAGCCUGCCGUGGGAAAGUCUCAACCGGGCUCAAUAGACAAGACAGAUAACUCUUCGAGCGCGAACCCAAGGCCACCGAAGAGACCACGAAACGCAGCCGAUGGCCCGGAGCGACGACUGAGUCCGAAGGGGUUGGCUUCAGGUAGCAGCAGGGGAGCUACAUCUGCCCAAGCUAGCACUGUGCGAGGCCGAGGUAUGCGCCGCACUCGAGGAGACCGCUACAAUCAGCGCUUCAGUCAAGACGUUGGCUAA